AGACAUUGACUGCAGCAAGACGCACCCAGCACAGGUGGGAAAGAUCUGAAACAAGGCCUGGAGGACUUACCGAGCAGAGCAAUGGGCACUCACUUUCUCCUCCAUGCAUCUGUCUUUCUAGUGGCGGUGACAUUCUUCAUGAAAGGUAGGGGUGAUAGAAGACUCAUUCGUUUGGCUGUGACAACAGGAUCAUGCCAACAUGGAACCCCAUAGAAUCUGGGGUGGGCCUGGAUGGGUGGCAAUGCUGUAGAAUGGGGGGCCCAGGAUGAUGAAGUCAGGUAGGGUCUCUCUUGUAGGAUCUGUGAAAAGUGUAUGUUUCAUCAUGAUCUCUGUAGGGGGAAAUAGGAAUUGAAAAUAUCAAUAGCAGAGUGUCUGGCAUGAGAAGGAGAAAGAGCCUAUCGCCUGUAUUAUGGAAGAUGCGAUUGAGGGACAUGAAUGUGCAUUGCCUGCAUUUGUACAUCACAUACGCCUAUUUACAUGCCUAAAUCUUACAGAGGACUAAAGAAACCCUCCAGAUUUCAGCUGAUAUGACUCAGUUGACUCAUUGAUAAACACUGCAUCAAUAAUAUAAAAAGCCUGAGGGAAUCAGGCCAAUGGCCCAUGCAGUCUAGCAUCCUGGCCUCACAGUGGCCACCCAGAUACUUGUGAGAAACUGGCAAGCAGGAACUGAGCAGUUGCCCCUCCAGUAGCUUCCUGAAACUGGUAAUCAGAGGAGGCAGCUAAUAGUAAUCAUGGUAUAGCAUGUAGUAAUCAUGGCAAUCUAAAGAUAAAGCACACCUUGUGUUUAGAUAACGCAUACAUGCGACACUGAAAGCUUUAUCUUAGACGACGCAUUUCCUGUUUAGGAAGAUAAUGCCUCCAGUAAUGGCGGGGGGUGCAGGGAAGCACAGAUCUGGGACUUUUUUCAGAGCAGGAGUGAUGAUGGCACCUGUCACCUGGGUACCAGAGUAACCUAGGGACUUUCCUUGCUCCAACAAGUGAAUGAGGCGAUAACAAGGCUUUCAAGUUGUUUGUGACAGAUUAGCACAGAGGAAGUCAGAGAACGAGAUUCAAACAGAUAUUUCUUUUAUUUUCUGUGGGGUUCUUAACUCGUGCUAGCAGUUUCAUUGCUUUGAGCAUGAGCUAAACACUUCAUUGCAGCUGAAUAGGGGUCUUUUGUGGACGAUUAUUGUGUUUUACAAGUCAAACCUAUGUAGUCUUACUCUGUGAAGACUAUGCAUAAUAAUCCACUGGACAUUAUGCUAUUGCUGUGUAUGCAACAUGCACACACGCAUCUAUACCAACCUAUCUAUCAUGGGUCAAGACCUGCAUCAGGGAAGGACUGUGGCUUAGUGGUAGAGCAUCUGUUUUGCAUGCAGGAGGUUCCUGAGUUCAUUUUAUGGCAUCUCUAAGUAGGUCUGGGAGAGAAAAUCUGGAGGGAUGCUGCCAGCCUGUGUGGACAAUGCUGAGCUAGGUGGACCAAUGGUCCCACUCUGUAUAAAGCUUCUCUGCUCCAUUUUUUUACUCUGUCAUGAAAACUUGAUGAGAAUAAUAAGGUUGUUGCACUUCAUCAUUUAACACUACUGAAGGACACAUAAGAUGGAGCUUGCAGCCCACAGCCACAUUAACACAAUUUACUUGUUAAAAUAAAAACAUGUGGCCUUAUGAACUGGGAGCACCUUUUUAACCUCUCAAAAUGUUAGCCACCAAUGAGUCUAACCACCUCACAGGAGAACUUGUAUCCUUAAUUAUGGCUCUGGUCUGGGCCAUAAUUACCCUUGGCUAGUCUUAUGCAACCUCUUCUUGAUGUAGGAGAAGCUGUUGUCUGCUCUCAAGGAUGGUAUGUAAGUGGCUACUGCAGUUUGACUUGGUAGACCUGGGUUCAGAUCUCUCCUAGCUCUUAAGCUUGUUGUGAGGCAUUAGGCCAAGGGCAGGGAACCAGUCCCUUGCCCUCAAAUGUUUUGGGACUCCCAGCUCCCAUCAGCCUCAGCCAUCUCAGUCAAUCUCAGGGAUGAUGGGAGAUAGAGUUCAACAACAUCCACAAGUUCCUCGCCUUAUCACAAUUUCUCUGCCUAACCUACCUCACAGGGUUGCUGUGAGGAUAAAUUGGGAGGAUUGCCUCAUGUCUGUCACCAUGAGCUUCUUAAAAGAAGGGUGGAACGUAAGGCUGGUAAUUAAACAGCCCUGACCGAGGGCACAAUAUGGAGACGAUUGGCUUAGGUUUCUUUUCCCAACCCAUCACAAAGGCCCAUCGGGGCUGGUUGUGAAUCCAUCCAAGGGUUUCAUUUUAUCCUCAUCACAUCUUUGGGAACGCCAAGAGGUGUGGCGAAAGCAGGAAGCCAUGAAACAAGCGCAGACUUGUUCCAGUGUACGGUCUGAAGGCACCCAAGGCCACCACCUUGCUGGAACUAUGCAGGUCUGCCUCUGGUCAGGGCCUGGAUGGGAGCAUAGCUGUCAACUUUCCCCCUUUCUUGUGGGGAAUCCUAUUCAGAAUAAGGAAAUUUCCCUUUUAAAAAGGGAAACGUUGACAGCUAUGGAUAGGAGUCUGCCUCAAAAACAACAUGUCUGCCACUUUGGGUUCCAUGAUGGAAGAAAGGCAGGAUACAAAUGAAAGGGAGGAAAUACCUGAGCUUAUCAGGCUGGACCUAACAAUCCUAAAAGGGCGCUGAACAUCUGUAGUGUCCAUCCAUGUGUGAGGAGAAUUUUACCACAAAACAUCUGGAGGAGCGAAAGCCUGCCAAGAUUCUCCUCACCAGCAGAAGCUACAGCUCCCAACAUGGCUAAGUUAGGCUCUCCUCAACAGGGCAAGUGCAAGGCAUUGCACUACCUCUGUCUCUGCCCUAUUCCCCUCCUUUUCCUCUCCUCUCCUGAUCCCUUCCCUGCUUUUGCCAUCACAAAAGAACCAAUGAUGGUUCUUCCCUCCCUCCGUGUCUUGCUUCAAGAAGGGCCAUGGGGGUCCUUCCACAGUGUGAGGCAUUCUGGGCAAGGGGGCUGGGAGACAUUUUGUGCCCUUCCAAUGUUUACAUGGUACUUGAGGCUUUCCCCUCCCUAUGUUUAAAGAGUGUUUAUAGCGACCAUUGAAAAAAACCACAAUGGCAGCACAGACACUGGUGGAGGGCGGGGGCAGCAGUGCCCGGAAGUCAAUGAUGCAAGCAAUUGGGAGGUCCUGGGGUGGGGUGCCAGUUCAGAUACAGUGGUAUGCUUCAGGUUACAGACUCCGCUAACCCAGAAAUAGUACCUCAGGUUAAGAACUUUGCUUCAGGAUGUGAACAAAAAGCGCGCGGUGUUGGUGUGGCAGCGGGAGGCCCCAUUAGCUAAAGUGGUACCUUAGGUUAAGAACAGUUUCAGGUUAAGAAUGGAUCUCCAGAACGAAUUAAGUUCUUAACCCGAGGUACCACUGUACUUGCCACCCGAGGCAACUGUUGCAGCUUCCCUCAUGAAAGGACCUGCCCUGCCCCUCAAUAAGUUACAGCUUGGCCAUUUGUAUUGAGUGCCAUACAGAGAGAGACAGCUGAGGACAGCUUUCAGCUUAGGCCACUCAUGGUCAAACCCAGCCUGUCCUCUUCUGUUUAAAUGUCAAAGAGAAAAAGUCAAGGUCAAGAAGGAGUCUAUAAUUACGCCUGUGGCCUGUUUGAAUAGAUUAUUUGUAAAUAAAAAAUGAAAGCAGCAUUUUUGACAGUUCCAGGGGUUUUUUUCCCAAGAGGCGGACUUGUAAAAGGAACCUUCCAUGGGCCACACUGAGUUUGCAUGUCUACAGACUCACUGUUGCCAGCUGCUGUGGCUUCUCUACCUCCUCACUGCUGCCAACUGUUUGCUUGCCAAGUAGAGCCAAUGAGCCGCCAGGCAGUGGCAACUGCAUCCCUUCUUCCUCACCCCUUGCUUGCUCUUGACCUCUGGGCCUGAGUGAGAGACACGUGACAAAUCAGGUCACUAUGGUGAGGAGGAGACGGAGGGAGUCCAGAAGCGUUUUGCCAGUGGCCUUCCUGCUGCAAUGUGGGUUCUCAGCAGCUGCCCAAUCUCACUGGCAUUAAAUGGGGCCAAACAUGUAUUUAUCUGUCGCAUUUAUACCCCACCUUUCCUCCAAGGAGCUCCAGGUAGCAUACAGAGUUUUCUUCUCACAACAGCCCUGUAGGGUAGGCUAGGGUGGGAGAGAGUGAUUGAUUGGCCCAAGGUCACGCAGUGAGCUUCAUGGCUGAGUGGGGAUUGGAACUCUGUUCUCUGAAGCCCCAGCACAACACUCUAACCACUUCUCUGCACUGGCUCUUCACUAGCCAUUACAAAGAAACCUGUCUGCAUGCUCUCCCCGGGGGCUUCUCACCUGGUGUCUAAUCUGAUGAGUUUCAGGCACCAGACUAAGAGUUUUAUUUGACUGGGCAUUUAAUGAACAGAAAGUUUGAUGUUGCCAUUUGAGGCUUUAUUGACAGGGGUUGUGGUUUACUGAUGCUAACUGUUUCUUCUCAUUCAAUUUUUAAUUAAUUAAUUUUUUUACUAAGGGUCAAUAUCAUUUGACUGAUGAUUGAUUUUGCUUGUUGUAAACAAAACCUGCUUCAGAAGGGGGAGUUUUUGCAUGGAGAAGCAGUAAGAGGAGGAGUUGCUUGACCCACUCUUCCUCCAGCUGCUCUUCUUCUUCUUCUUCUUCUUCUUCUUCUUCUUCUUCUUCUUCUUCUUCUUCUCCCCCCCCCCAAAAAAAGGGUGUCCCACAAAACUGGAAAGCUGCAUGUUUAGCCUGGCGUUCAGAGAGAGAGGAAAACAGUGGCUUUUGCUCUCAGGGCUUAAUUUGCCUCUGGGAGAAUUACAGUGGUGGAUUAUUCAAGUCUCACUGGUAUUAUGUUUUGCAACACACACCCAGCUGCCCAGUAAACCAGGAGCUGGGGAAUUUUUCCCAGCCUGACAGCCGCAUUCCCUUCCAGGCAGCCUUCUAGCCACAUGCCAGGAUGGGUGGGGCUGCAAGAAGCAGAAGUGGGCAGAGCAACAAAUGAUAAUUUAACCUUUGGGCAGUGGACCAGUUUCUGUGGACGCUCUCAGCACAUGCCUCUUGGUCCUCCAUCCAGUCAACCAAAGGGUUCAAAGGCACCUUCCGGCCAGGCAGAAACACUAAAGGAGGAUUCAAAGCCACAGCCAGUGAGGAGUGUCUCCUGAGGGGAUAGGUGCAAUUGGUUGGAGCUGUCAGUUUGGGAAUGUGCCCCUUCAAAGACAAGCUACCCCAUAUUCAUACCCUCCAACAUUUCUCCUAUGAUAAUAGGGACAUCCAAUUCUUUUAGAAAAAAAUAACUGAAUAUACACACACACACACACACACACACACACAAUAUCAGAUGUCUUCUAAAGGUUGUAUCUCCUUGGCUCGAGGGACUCAUAACUCCAUGCCCUCCAACAUUUUUCUGAUAAAAAUAGGGAUGUCUUAAGGAAAAGCGGGACAUUCCAGGAUCAAAUUAGAAACCGGGGUGGCUUCUAUAAAUCUCAGAUUGUCCCUGGAAAAUGGGGACACUUGGAAGGCCUGCAUAUUUCAUAUCCUUCCAGAAGGCCUGGAGUUUUGGAGGAGCAGCCGUGGAUGCCAUGGGGAGAACAGAGAGUGCAGUGGAGCUUGUGACUGAAAGCUAUCCGGGCAGGCCCUGGGGUGCUCUUACACAGCUGGGAGCGUCUCUGUUAAUAUUAGCCCCACCCUAGGGUGGGGUCUUCUCAGAACCGGAGCAGACAUGGCCCAGCAGGAAGAGGGAUGGAGGAAAGACAAGGAAGAAGGAGCUGGGAGAAGGGAGUGGAUAGGGAAGAUGACUGCAAUGCAGGCAGGAUCAAUUUGCAGGUGGUCGUUGCAGGGUGGGCAGGGGCAGGCAGAGCCGAGACUGAAGAAGGGGCAAAAAUACAGGAGAAUGAGGCAUAAAGUGAAAUGACACUUAAAAAAACAAAACAACCCUCCUCAGAUUUUAGGUUGAGGAAGUAUGCACACAAAGGCAGCACACUGACACACUUUUGCGGGCCUGAGCAUGUGCCUGACCUGGCAGACUGCUGGCGCCACCCAUGACGUGGAACCGAAAUCUGCACUUGCUCAGCUGCACAUUAUUUGCCUGGUGUUAGCGCCCUGUCCAGAGAGAGGGGUGGGGAAGAGAAAAGGAAAGUCCACACAGAGCACAAACUACAGCACAGGCUUGGUUUGUUUAUCGGCCAUUUUCCUUUCCCAGGGAACUGUUGUUCCGCGGAAAGGCUUAGGGCAGGGCAAGCUGACCUGGGGCCCUCCUAGUGCCCCAGUUCCCAUCAGCCCCAGCCGGCCAACUCAGUGGUGGGAAUCAUAGUCCAAAACAUCGGGAUGACAUUUGGCUACCUCUGAGCUAGCAGUAUCAGAGAAUCAUCUAGGAGAAUUCUCAACAUGGUAAACAAACAGAGCUGUUAUGCAGAAAAUAAUUCCCAAUCUCUGUUUAUUAUCAGAGCCAAUAAACCCAGUUUCCAGAGGCAGCUCAUGAGAAGAAACCACAGAAUAAAUAAAAGAAUGAGUACAAUUUGUUAUGCUGCCUCUUUAUCACAUUAGUGCAUGUUUAUCACUGCCCUAGCCUUCCCUGUGACACAGGGUGCUACAGAAAUCAAGUUGUUGUUGUUGUUGUUGUUCCUCACAUGAGGUAAAGCAAAGCAAAACAAUUACAAGGGCAACAUGUCUGGUCUGCUCACAGGUAAAUCCCACUGAGUACAAUGGGCCUUAACCCUGGGCCAGUGGGUAUAGCAGGGAAUACAGGAAAUGUUGCUGGACUCCAACUCCCAUCAGCCCCAGCCAGAAUGGCCAAUGAUCAGGGAUGAUGGCAGGUGGAGUCCAGCAACAUCUGGAAGGCCACAGGUUCCUCAUCCCUGGAGUAUUGGAUUGUGCCUUCCAAUAUAUAAAAUGAACAAAAGCAGCACAGGUUGUCAAAACCCUCACCAACCAAACAAAAUACUCUCUCAGAGAAUAAGAUAUUUAAAACCAUCUGCAAAUCGUGCUGGAUGAAAGUCUCUAUGACAAAAAAUAAAAUAAAAAAUCCAUUAAGAUUAUUGUCAGUCCCCCUUUGACCGUGUGUGGGAUGGCCUCCCUAUUACUGUCACUGGAAUUUGCUUGCUGGGAGAGACACGAGCUAGUUUAUUUGUUCCGUAAAGUGGUAAGAUGUUCCCUGCCCUGUACCACUUCACACUGCAGAGGGCAGUGUAGUAUGCUGAGGUUUGCAAGUUUGAAAUCGACUCUUCCAGCACACAGAAAACAGGCGUCAGGGAGAAAGGUUCAGGCUGGUGCCUUUUGGACACAUUGCGACCCAGUUGCAGCAACAAUGAAGUCCUGUUCCACCAUGUGUGCAUGUUCUAAGAUGGCAGAGUUUCACAGAGGACUAUGCUGUAUGCUUCCCCCACCACCACCACCAAAUACUUUGUAUCAGAUCUUAAAAGCUCUGCUCCAGAUGCUCCUUCAAUCAUUUGUAUCAGUGUCCAAUUCUGUUUGGUAUUAAAACAGGAACAGAUCGAUUAAUUAUACACUUGGAGCUGUACUUUCCUCACUUCUUUAUUACACAGAACUAAUAAAUAAUAAUAUUAGGGACAGUGGGUGGCACUGUGGUCUAAACCACAGAGCCUAGGGAUUGCUGAUCAGAAGGUCACUGGUUCGAAUCCCCACAACGGGGUGAGCUCUCAUCGUUCAGUCCCAGCUCCUGCCCACCUAGCAGGUCUAAAGCAUGUCAAAGUGCAAGUAGAUAAAUAGGUACCACUCCGGCGGGAAGGUAAACUGUGUUUCCGUGCACUGCUCUGGUUCGCCAGAAGUGCCUUAGUCAUGCUUGGCCACAUGACCCGGAAGCUGUCUGCAGACAAACGCCGGCUCCCUUGGCCUAUAGAGCAAGAUGAGCGCGCAACCCCAGAGUUGUUCAUGACUGGACCUAAGGGUCAGGGGUACCUUUACCUAAUAAAUAAUAUUGCUAAAGUACAUAGUACGUCUUACAACUUACAAAGUUUUGGGAGUACUUGAGUUUUAUAGCUAGCCAUAUAUCUGAUCUGUUUCAGAGUUUCUUGCCAAAUGUCUUCCGGCAGAACAUAUGAAAGUUGUCAGAUGUCAGCGUAAAGGGUCCCGCUCUUUUAACACCAGUCAUUCUGCAAAUUAUAAAAACAUGUUUUUGUAGUGUGGGAAACCGAUACCAACAGAGCUGGAGGUGUGUUUUUUAAUAUAAAAAAAAUUAAGCAUUACAUUGGCCAAAGGAGGGGUCGUUUUGUGCUUUUGCAAUGUUAUCUCACAACCAUCUCUUUCAUCAAACAUCAUUUCUUCAGAAAUGCUUGAUAUCAAUUAUUUUUGUUGUUGUGGGGCAGUAAUGCCUCUGAAUACAACUUGCUGGAAACAAUAGGAGAAGGAGAGUGCUGUGUUCCUUGGGUCCUGCAUGUGGUAGGCCACUGUGAAAACAGGAUGCUGGACUUGAUGGGCCAAUGACCUAGGCCAAUCUUGUUUUCCAUUGAGAAAAUCAAAUGACACUUCUUCUUCUUUUUGGCUUGGUAAUCCUCUCAAUCUAAGAGACAUACUCGUUCUGCUACAGUAGAAUCGUAAAUCUACUUUUAUUUUUGUGCAUCUUCCCCCUCCCUGCCCUCUCCUUUACAGAUGCCCUGGCACUGGAGUGCCACAGCUGCAUCGACUUGGGCGAUGGUGGAUGCAAUGCAGAGAAUAUGAAGAAAGUGGAGUGCCCGGCAUCUACCCACGUCUGCGUGGAAACGGUGGCAGCUGUGGAAUGGAGUGAGUAGGCAGCCCGUCAUCUUCAGUCUCUAAACCAGGGUCGGGGAAAUUUGUGACCUUCCUGCUGUUGGACUUCAGAUCCCAUCAACCCCAACAGCAUGGCGAUGGUCAAGGAUGAUAUCUCUAUCUUCCACAAAAGAAGAAGUGCCAGAAAAGUUCUGCACUCCAGUCCCUUUCCUCUGUUCCAAGUUGGACAGGAGGUGCUGGUUGUAAUUGCUCCAUGCUCAAAGGAACCAAGCUAUUUCACACCUUCCAGGGAGAAGCUGUUGGAGUGAAAUCUGAACUACUAACUACUGGCUCAGAUUUGAGUAAUUGGUUCAGCUGGACACCCAAGGUUGCAGAGUCCUGCCUUUUGCUCCCUUGAAAUGUGCAGUUUAGCCCUCUGAGUAGAUCAGCCUUUGGGAAGUGCCUCUUUGCUGUCUCCCUGUGUAACCUCUGCUUGUCCCAUUUGCAGGCCAUGGGAAGUUCUCGGUUGGCGAAAAAGGCUGUGGGUUGGGCAUGCCAGGUACCAACGACAAAGCAGUAGAUGUGCACGGCAUUCUGGCCUUCUCUCAGCUGCACCAGUGCAACAGCAGCUACUGCAACACCAAACUGGACAUCAAAAACCUGGAGCUGGAACCCAUCGGUGAGAAUCUGAGCCCCAUGCAGGAAUGAAGGUCCUCCUUUGGAUGAGAAAUGGAGCUUAUACCUUCUCAUCCUGUUGGGACAAGGAGUUGAGUCAGAAUACUGUUGUGAGUUUGGGGAGGGGAGGUUAGGCAGUGGCGUAGGAAGGGAGGUGUGGUGGGUGCGGACUGCCCUGGGUGUCAUCACUGAGGGGGUGACAAAAUGGCUAUGAGCUAUGUGAGUCUGUGGCAUUUUUACCUCUCAGGUUAAUUCAGAGAAGCAGUCAGCCCAAAAUGAAUGCCGAACAGAACAACAAACUAUAUUGCUGGAAUCAAGAGCAAAGACACUGGGUGCCACACCGCAGGAGGCAGCACUUACUGUGGGGCCACACGUCUUUCCUGGGAGUGACGCAGUGGCUCGGGCACCUGCAGGCUCCACGCUGCCCAAAAUGGCAGCAUGGGGCUUGCAUCCACCUGCCACCUCUCCCUCAGCCACCCUGCAGCUGGGGGGGCGGUGGCGAGACUUGAUGCAGCACGCCCUGCCUCAGCUCGCCCCGCCCAAUGGGUGGCUUGCCCCGCCCCCGGGCAGAGGGCACAUGAGACACUGUGGGCACCUGAGCGGCUAGCUAUGCCGCUGGGGUUAGGCUGUAUUCCUGAUUCCUGGAUCCAGCAAGGAUUCAAUUGUUGGAAUAGCUAGGCCAGCGCCUAAGUAUGCUGGCUGGAGCAUAUGGGAGUUGUAGUCCCAGGUUGGCAAAGCUUGAUUUACAGUAUGCAGCCAGGUGUUUCAUCCAUGCUAGUGCCUGUUGCUUUUUAAAUAUAUGUAUAUGCAUCCUUGGUUGCUUCUAGGUAACGAGAGUGCCAGGGUUGCGAAUGGCGUGGAAUGUUACAGCUGCUACGGCAAUGAGUGUUCACUGGACAACUCUACCACAGUCAAAUGUUAUGACUCUUUCCGGGGCUGUUUCCAUGGAAAUGUCACAAUGAAAGCAGGUAAGGGCUCCGUCGGGGAUCUAAUCUAGCUAUCAUUGAAUCUGGGUCCUUUGUGCAUUUGCAUGGGCCUGGUGAAAUUUGGCAGUUCAGAUGCUGGAGCUUUGAUCGAUCAAUCUCUUUGUGACAGUCAAGGACCAGCAGUAUUCAAAAAUGAAACUAUAAAAAUAGUACCUAACAAAACAAAACGGGACCAUAACAAUACAAUUACUAGGAACUGCAUCAUGUAAUAGAACACUAGGCAUCAAAAGCAAAAUUAUGACUUUGCUAGAAUUAGUCCCUGGCAAGUUUUACAUGCAGCCGUACAAUAUCUAGCCACCCUGGAAGGAGUGGAUGCAUUAUUCCUAUCUGAAAUGAGUUUUUAAAAAGGGAUAAAAUGCAUCCAGUAGCCUGGGAGUUUCUGUAAGAGGGUUUCCAUAAAACUCUCAAGUGCUGGAGUUUCUUACCUGUAAGCAAUCUUCUUGAUUUUGCUGGUUUAAGGGGCAUGUUGUACCCCAGAGCAAGGGAGGAUUUGACUGAUGCCUCUUGUUUUUGGGGUGAGAGAAAAACACUGGAGUAAGAGGGUCAGACCUCAUGAUGUGUUUGACACUGGACUGGAUAGAUUUGGGCUGAAUCAAGCAUGUGCAAAAGAGAUCAGUUACCCUUCUUCAUGCUGCCGUUAUUUUUAUUUAUUUAUUGAAGUUCUAUGCCGCUCUUCAUCUGAGAAAAACAGGGUGGUUUACAAUAUUUUUAAAAAAACACAACCCAAAAUGAAUAACAUCGCGAUCUUUUCCAGGGAACUUCUCACUGACUAGGCCCCUCAAGGGCUGCGUCCAAGAUGAGGACUGCACCAAGGUCACGAAAGGUAGCCCAGCUAUCACUGUCGUGGGUUCCUGUUGCUCUGGAAGCCUCUGCAAUGUCGACCUCUCCAACAAAACUUACUUCGCUCCCAAGAUCCCACGACUUGCAGUCAUGCCCGGGCAAGGUACCAACGCCACUGUGGCUGCCACCACUGCCACCACCACCACCACAACUUCCGCACACACUCGCAACAGUGCGCCAGCCCCUUCCACGGUUGGCAAGCCAAUCCGUUCCGUUGCUGUGAGCCCACCUUCAAGUAGUCAUGACGACCAUGACCACGACCACGACCAUGACCACGACCAUGACCACGACCACGACCAUGAUCAUGACCACAGUGAGAGCCCAGUGAGAGAUGGGAACAGAGACACUGCUGUGAAAGUUGAAGGGCGUCAGAGCCAACAUCAUACAAAGGGGGAUGCUGCAGGCUUGGGGGGGUCAGUCUUCCUGUCCUUGUUGCUGGCUGGGUUGCUCCUUUGAAUGAAAGGAGAAGAGAUGGUGUUCAACCUCCUCCCUUUCCCCCUUGCUGUUUCAGUCCUGCCCAAAUACAUUUGGCCCUUGUCUUUUCAUACAACUUCCCCCACUCAAAUUAGGCUUCUGCCUACACAUGCUUUGAAACCACCAGUUUUGCAGUUCACAUGGUAAAUGCUCUUGCAUAACACACUUUGCUUAUUGGAAGCAUGCCCUUAUUUGCACACUUCUCCUUCGUAUUUUUUUUAACCUUGCUUUCCUGGCAGACGCCUUGUAGCACAUGACUUGGGGUAGCUGGAACUUGCAGCCAUUUUACAAGGCAAAGUUCUUCUGUGUUAUGCUUAAUGUGUAUCCUAAGACAGUUCUGCACUGAGAAAGCAAAGUCGAGUUCCAUUUGUGUGCGAGCCUUUUCGUGGGCUCAUGACAUUGUGUUUGGUGCCAAUACAAUGGCAGCCAUUUUGUACCCAUCUUUCUCGAUGGUGUUUACCUUGAGGCAUUCUUUAGCUCACCAAAUAAGUUUUCUCUCAUGGUCAAGGGGCACUGCUCUCUCCUAUGCUCCACCUGUAUCAGUCUACAGUAUCAGAUUGUUUUCAGAGGGCUGUAUUAUCUCAUAUGGGCUUUGGGGGCUGACAGAGGGCUGCUAAGCUGGCCUCCAGUGUCCAGACAAAUGCAAGUCUUAAGGCAAGAUAGUCUGAUGGACUGCCAGAUUUCCUUGGAAUCCAUGAAGAUAAUUUGCCUUUUCCAGAGUGUGAUAUGAAUAGUUCCUGGAGGUCUAUAUAUAACCAUUCUAGGGCUGGGCGAUAUAUCAAUAUAUAAUCCAAAACCGGCUUGAAGUCCAUAUCAUGAUAUCAGCUUCAUAGUUUCUGAUCUGGCAAUAUAUUGCAAAUCAUGGUGUGUGUGUGUGUGUGUUAUGCAAAAAUCGCAAUGGGGGGAAAACCGUGAAGCCAGCCAAUGCCUCUACAUAGCUCCAUCCUUAUUUCAGACAUUGGAAUAUAUCCGUAUAUCGCAAUGUCUACUUGGUGAUGUAUUGCGAUGUUGAAAACCAGAUAUCGCCCAGCCCUAAACCAUGAUGAACUCUUCCAACUUUUAGCGUUUGAGCAUCAGUUGGGCUAGGAACCAGCCAGAGCGACUGCUUCCUUCCUCUCCCAAUUCUGUGCAUUGCUGAGUAACAGUGCAUCCCCAUUCACUCUCAUGCAUAUGUUCUCCCUAUCUCUAGCGAAGGCCACCAACUUGGAUGGCUUCAAAAGAGAAUUGGACAACUUCAUGGAGGGUAAGGUAAUGUUCUGCCUCCAGUGUUGGCCACUGUGAGAAUAGGGUGCUGGAGCAGAUGGACCUUUAGCCUGAUCCUGCAGGGCUCUUCUUAUGUUCAGCUAGAUGCUAUGGAAAUCUUUCAUAGUAGCAGUAAUAAUUUAGAUCAAAGGGCCACUGUUUCCAUUUCCUUUCCCUCCCAGUAUUUUAUCUUUUUAGCAUUUGACAGAGGUCAGAAAAAAUAUGUUUUGGGUUAACAACAACAACACAAAGCUAUGAAAAAGACCGAGCUGUUGAUAUGGGACCCAGCGAUUUAACUAUUAUUAUUAUUAAUGCUGGAUUUCAAAAUACAUCUGUAAUCCUGGAUGCAGAGAGGAUUGGGCCCAGUUUAGGGCUGAAACAAUAAAGCUGCCUUCGCCAACCUGGUGCCCUCCAGAUGUUUGGGGUAGAAAUUCCCAUGAGCCUCAGCCAGCACAUGUAAUCCAAGCUGGAGGGCAACAGCUUGGCAAAGAUUGAGAUAAAUAAAUAGCAAGAUUUCAAAAUUAGGAGCACUUUCUCUUGGGGGUUUGAUCCUGAAAUAUGACAAGUUCGCAAAUCAUAAUAUGAAAUAUAUUGAGUUCAGCUUCUCACCUGUUCAAGGGAAACUUUCCUGACUGGUUCAAUUAAUGACGCUAAUCUAAAUUUUGCUAAAGUGAAGUCAGGUGCUGUCAAAUACUGACGGCCACCGAAUUGAGUGCUGCUGCUACUAGUGUGGGUAUAUUUGAAAUGAUGAUGAUAACAAUGCAGAAUUUUCAGAAACUCAUACUGACUAUUAAAUAUUUUCACAUCCAGAGAAUAUACAUCAUCAUCAUCAUUGGGCAAGAUUCCUGCAUUGCAGGGGGUUGGAGUAGAUGACUCUUGGUGUCUCGUCCAACUCUACGAUUCUAUGAUUUGAAGGGUCGUUGUGAGGUGCUGAGGGGGAAAGUCCACUCAACUCCAGUUGUUGUUGGAUUCAAACAUGAACCAACAAAAAACACAUUUAAACCCAGACCAAGUCAGUGCAGCACCAGAUCAACGGAUCAGACCAUCAGUUGCAUUUGGAGGAGAUUCAGAUAGUUGCCUCACCCCCAACCUCACCUCACUCACAUACACAUACAGUAGCCCUUAAUUUAGGAAUUGUCUCUGCUAAAAUGUUUGAGGGUCUCUUCCGGAACACUGUUUUAUGCCAUAUUCUCAUGGGAAACAUAUCAGAUUUCCAGCAGUUCUUUAAAAUGAAGCCAGUUUCAUAGCUAUAAGUCAGGGAUGGGGGGACCUGUGACCUUCCAGGUGUGGUGGAGCUCCAACUCCCAUCAGCCUCAGCCAGCAUGGCUGGUGGUCAGUGAUGGUGGGUGUUGUAGUCUGCCAACAUCUGGACAGCCAAACGCUACCCAGCCCUGCUCCAAGUGGUAGGAAAGGUUGCUGCUCUUUUCUCCCACAUGUAGAAAGCUUUUUAUGUUUUUGUGGUGUUUUUUAAUAUAUAUAAAUAUUAUUGCAAGUCUCACAUUGUGUAUUUGAAGGGUAGAUUAUAAACAUAAAUAGUAAAUAGAUAAAUGCAGAGUAAGCCCAUUAAGGGUGGUAGACCACACCCUUCAACAUUUCAUCAAUGAAGACAGGGAUGUCCUAUUCCAUAAUAAUAAUUUUACUAUUUAUAUCCCAACCAUUAGACUGGGUUGCUCCAGCCACUCUGGGCAGCUUCCAACAUAUAUAAAAACAUAAUAAAACAUUAAACUUAAAAAAAGGACCUUCCCUAUAUAGGGCUGCCUUCAGAUGGCUCGGGGGGGGGGGGGCAGAUAACAUCAUACCUUCCAAAAUUUCUCUGAUGAAAAUAGGGAAGCAUGGGACAUUCUGGGAUCAAAUCAGAAACUGGGAUGGCUUCUGUAAAUGCAGGAUUGUCCCUGGAAAACAGGAACAAUUGGAGGGUCUGGACUGGAAGGAAUGUAGGCACACGGCACAUCAAGUUCUCUCAAGAAAACGCCACCGAAAUGGAAGAGAGAGGCACCAAACUGGGGCCAGGCAAGACACACAAGAUGGUGGGAAAGCUGUGACUUUUGGACACUAGUUCCCAUCAGCCCCAGCCAACAUGGCCAAUGCUCAAGGGUGAUGGGAAUUGGAGUCGAACAACAGCUGGGGGUCCAGAGGUUUCCCACUCCUACUGUUCUGUUUGCUAUAAAGCCCUCAGACUCUUAAGAUAACUUUCCUAAGGACCUCCAAGCUGCCUCUUCAAAAAGGGCUGCUCACAUCCAAGAGAAAUAUUGUACUGAAUAAGUAUUUUAACCAUAAGCUCCUGGACGAUACUUUUUAAAUAAUGCUUUCAGCAAGUCAUAUCUGCCACUUGUUGAAUCUCUCUGACAACCCUUUGCUGUGUAACACAGUCCUUCCUGAUCUCAGUUUCUUGGGAUCCUCAGGGAUCUAGACAUGUAAAUGAAUCAGCAGCUUGUCUUCUAUUGCAAUUAGUUUCUGAUUCCUCUCUUGUCAAGGUUGGGAAUAUCAAGGGAAGCAUGAGCUGGAGAAGGUGGAACAAAUAAAGAUAUUGCACUUUGGCUG